AUGGUUAGCACAAAAAUCGAGUAUGAAACUUUGCCCUCCCCCAGAGAAGCCAUGAAGAUCUCUUCAGCCCACGUUUUGGUGGCCUCCUUGGUGCUCGCAGCUGAUGCUACGCCCACGGAAUACUCUAGAUUGCGCGGGCUUAGAUCUCUGCAAGAGGAUGAUUUCGAGGGGGGAGGCCACGGAGGAGGAGGGGGCUAUCGGCGCCCCAGCGCUUCACCAAGUGCCAUCCCCAGCGUUUCACCAAGUUCUAUCCCCAGCGUUACACCAAGUUCUAUCCCCAGUGCCGGUCCAAGCAUAUUUCCCAGUGGUUCCCCCAGCACGCAACCAAGUUCCGGUCCGAGCUCUGCCCCCUCGUUGCAGCCUAGCUUGAGCUAUGCUCCCUCGUCGACACCCAGUUCACGGCCAAGUGGUCAGCCAAGUCUAAGCAAUUCGCCUUCCACAACUCCGAGUUCACAGCCAAGCGUACAACCAAGCUUGAGCAACCAGCCUUCGACCAGUAAGCAGCCAAGCAGCAUCCCAAGUUCAGAUCCCAGUGGUUCUCCCAGCAUGAAACCUAGCUCGAGCGACGUUCCCAGCCUUACUCCUUCCGCAAGCCCUUCUGCAGGUCCCAGCACAUCGCCUUCCGUGACACCAACUCCUGCCCCGACAGUGUUUUGCGUAUUUCCUCUCAACGCUGCUAGCAACAGUACACUUGCCACAGCUAUCCAUGCUCUUGGAGAUUUCUUCUUCGGCGGCUGA